UCAGUCAUCAGUCAGUCAGUUCGUUUCGCUGUCAUUGAAUUCUAGUUUUGCUUUUCUCGCCUAAACGCCAAAUAUUAAAAUAUGGAAUGAUGUUGAAUAACUUUACAAAUGUUACAAUAAUUGUGUUUUAAAUGCGAGUAAAUAAGUGUGCCCGGAGUUUGCGCUGACUUUAUAUUUACCUGUGAUAGAAAGAUAUUAACACAGAAGCGACAGAAUGCCCUCGACGCACCUCAGCCUCCGUGAGGACGAUGUAGUGCGGCUCUCGCUGGAGUUUUUACACAACAGGGAUCUCCACAUCACGCAGCUCUCCCUCGAACGAGAAACAGGUGUCAUCAACGGGAACUACGCUGACGAUGUUCUCUUCUUACGACAGUUAAUCCUAGAUGGACAAUGGGACGAUGUACUAGAAUUCAUACAACCACUCAGCGCCUUAAAAGCAUUCGAAGCAGACAAAUUUAACUACGCGAUACUCAGACACAAGUACAUCGAACUAUUAUGCAUAAGAUCUGAAAUAAAAGCGUACAACAACGUAGAAAAUAUUGUAGAUGAAGUCGUGAAAGUACUUAACGAUCUCGAAAAACUAGCUCCCUCUAAAGAAGAAUACUCAAAUUUAUGUUUACUUUUAACUCUUCCUAGUAUAACAGAUCAUGCACAGUUCAAAAAAUGGAACCCCAGUAACGCAAGAGUACAGUGUUUUCGGGAAGUUUAUCCCCUAGUUGAACAGUUUCUACCAUGCGAUAAGAAAUCCAGUGGAACAGUGUCCAAAUGUGCGAAAAAUGACAGAUUGAUGCAACUGCUUAUUAAAGGCAUAUUAUACGAAUCAUGCGUUAAUUAUUGUCAAGCUAAAGCCACGGGCUCUGACAUGCAAUCGAAUGACGUAAAUUUUUCAAGGCUGCUCGAUGGUUCAGGGUUUGACGAGUCAGAUUUGAGUCUUCUCUCUUGGUUGCAGUCCAUACCAGCCGAGACGUUUAGUGUGCCUUUUGAACAGCGGAUGUUGAAUGUCGACGUAGAAAAAUUGGAGCGUCCCUCAUUGCACACUUCGUGGACGGAGCACAUGCUCGUGACACCUAUCAAACCGCGCACAUUUCCACAUUUGGCGAUGCCGUUUAGACGUCCUCGUUCCGCUGCUGAUGCUAUGACGAGAUCCUUGAGACCGCUUCCAGACGGAGCUCCGAGGCAUCCCGCUGUAAUGGCUUUGUCAGCCAUAGAUUUCGGCCCGUCUUCCUCGUGUUUUGCUGGUUUCCAUCUCACUGGUAUAAAAGGGAGCAAACUGAUGAAUACGUCCGUGGACAGAUUAUUUGACAAUAAAAACGGCGAAAGCAUUUUUAACGGGUUGAACGAGUCGUUGAAGCCCAUCGACGAGCAAUUGAAGCCAAUUGGAGAAUUCACUGGCUCGGCAAAGACUAAUGAGAGUAGCAUCGGUGCAUCGAACGCGACGACUCCCGAGCAUAAAGGACAGGAUUAUUCUGCUUCGACGUCAAUAUCGACUACGGCGGCGUCCACUGAGCGCUCGUCAAUCGCCGAGCGUCCUCCACAGCAAGCGGAACCCGUAAUGGCGCCGGGUGCUGAAGGAGAUUUCCGACGGGAGCUGCUAAAGGAAUAUCAGAUACAGAAACAACGCGAAUGCGAUGAUUAUUUAAGAAAUCUAUGCUCUUCCGAUGUGCUGCAGCAACAGACGUUGGAGCAGGCUGGAGAAACAGCGUCAGCGUAUCCGCCAGCCGGGAAGUAUCCGCUUCAGCCGACGCCAGACAAAAUGCAACAAUCGCCGUAUGUUAGGAAAAACGAUGUCAGCGAAACUCCAGACAUGGUGGACUCGACAACCGCACAAAGCAGAAACGGCGUUCACCAGGGUGUUCCACUAUCAGCUCCGACUGGUAUCGGCGCUGAAGUGAACGGCUCCAGGCCCACCUUCAAACCAGUGACGGUCCUGGAAGAUCUUCAGGCGGUCCGCUGCGCAGAAUUCCAUCCAAACGGGAAACUGUAUGCAGUCGGCUCCAAUACAAAGACGCUGAGGAUAUGCACCUAUCCAAAAAUCGAAGAUGUCAAAGACAACAGUGCACCUACGGCGCCCACCGUGCUUCUAAAACGAACGAAGCACCACAAAGGAAGCAUCUACUGUUUGGCUUGGAGCCCGGCGGGCGAUCUCCUCGCGACGGGGUCGAACGACAAGACAGUGAAACUCAUGAGGUUUAACAGUCACCAAUGCAACCUUGAGGGACAGGAGGUGGAGCUAACUAUGCACGACGGCACGGUCCGCGAUGUCUGUUUCAUAGAAGACACCUCAAACAAGACGAGCCUAUUGGUCAGUGGGGGUGCCGGAGAUUGCAAGAUAUAUGUCACCGACUGCGCCACAGGGAAGACUUUCCAGGCGCUGAGCGGUCACUCGGGCCACGUAUUGUCCCUUUACAACUGGGGCGGCGCCAUGUUCGUAUCGGGGAGCCAAGACAAGAGCGUGCGAUUCUGGGACCUCCGCACGGGAGGGUGCGUCAACAUCAUAUCUCCACCAGCGGGAAAUCCUAACAAAGGAUCGGCCGUAGCGUCCUUAGCCGUGGAUCCCAGCGGGCGUCUACUAGUGUGCGGGCACGACGACGGCUCCUGCGCAUUGCACGACGUCCGCGGCUCGCGCGCCUUGCAACGCUUCACCCCGCACUCGGGCGAUGUCCGCAGUGUACGCUUCUCUCCGGGGGCGUACUAUUUGCUCACCGCCGGGUACGAUGGCAGGGUGGUGCUCACUGAUUUACAAGGUGAUCUCACAUGCGCUCUCCCCAGCGUGCCGGUCGCCCGCCACCCGGACAAAGUGAUAUCCGCCCGGUGGCACCCGGACGACUUCUCCUUCCUGUCCACGUCCGCCGACAAGACCGCCGUACUCUGGACGAUACCACCCGUUUAGCCGGCGCGAGGUACAGCCCGGUUAUACACGUACCGCACUACGUUCGAAAUUUGAAAAUUGGAAUUGAAGUCACUACGUUAAAAUUCGAAUUCUCAAAUUUCGAACUAUUUUAUAGUAAUAAUGUCAUUCCUUAUGUAUGAGCUAGGGUAUUUAUACACGUACGUACCAAUGACGGUGUUUAGAUUGAUACGAAAUUUAUAAUGAAAAUUUUAACGAGCAGAUUAGCUAGAUUUAAAUUUGAUUUGAUUUACACAAUAUUUUUUUUCUAUCUUUCAUAGCUCUAUGCGUUGGCUAUACAACCGAAGAAAUGAAGUAGCAACUUUGUUGAAAUGAGAUAAAAAUUUUAACAAACACAUAAGUAGUUCUUAGUUUAUUGUUUUACUUUUAUCCGACUAUCAAUUAUGAAAUAUUAUGUGUAAAAUUUUUGCUUUUUAUAUUUUGACGUGAUCUAUUUAUUGACAUUAAAUAGGAACUGUGAGUUCUAGAAUUUGCUAUUAAGUCACGACUUUUCGACAGGAAAAUCCAGAAUACUUGCUAGUAACGUUGAGGAACAAUGCCUUUGUAAUAAAUUAAUGUAACAUUUCUGACACAUAAUCAUAUUUGUUCUUAGCUAUCAAAUGUAGUUCAAUAUUCUGCCCACGGCUUAACGUGUUGAGUACGGUCCAUAGAAACUCCAUUGUGUAGGGGAUUGUUCUAUAAAAUGAAGUGGAAUGUCAAUAUAACGCUAUUUAGUCACCUGCAGGUAUGUGUGUAACCAGCUUUUGAUUGGGUGUGACGACGAUUGACAACUAUUCCGUUAGGAUUGUGGUAUUGUGAUAACAAAUAGAAUUCUUUGACAUGCAUAAUCUCUGGUUAUUGACCCAUUUUUUUGAGAGUUUUAAAAAACGGGUCAAGUGUGACUUCAACUUGCAUAAGUAGCUUUCGUAGUACUUAUUUAUGGCAAACAGUCUACGCAAUCAUUGUUAAAAAUCUCCAAAUUUAUUAAUUUACUUAUUUUUGGAUGUUUUUUCUAUACUUUCUGUUAUAGUUCUGUAAAAAAAUUAAAAUUGAAUCACUAGCAUUAUUAAGUUAUAUUUUUAUUUCGCAAUUUCAAGAAAAUGCAUAGUCUCAAUAUCCAAUUAAAUUUAUUCGCAUGGGUUUUCUGAUUAAUUAAUGAAAUUUUUACAGUAAAACAAUACAAGUCUGAUUAUCCUUUUAAAGGAUACGCACGUAACCGUAUGCAUGUUUGUGUAUAAUAAGAUAAAGGUGCUCAACCUACGUGGGUUACCUACAAUGUGGUUGGUAGUUUGAUGUGGGUUCCGCUUAUGCUGAAUCACGUUCACGAGAUAAAAUCUGGAAAGGGUCAAGUCGUCAAUCGUCGUCGUUCCAAGCUUGGGGCGUAUAUAUUUUUAUACUUAAUGAAAAUUAAUAUACGUAAUGUAUAAUAGAUAACGACGCUAAUAUAUGACAUAAAUUUUUGCCUUUAUUUUUAAAAUAUUAAAAUUAUAAAUACGAAAAAAAUAUAUUAUUGUAACAGAGUGACACUUGUAACGAGUAUCGCUUUCGUUGUGAUAUUUUAAAAGGUGAUUGAAAAAAAGUCUAAUUUUCCAAUGCGCAAGUGCAUGUCACAAAAUAAAUGUAAACCUCUUGUAAAUAAUAUUUAAUGUGAUGGUAAAUGAUGUUAUUUAUAUUAUAUAUAUUUCUUCGUCGUGUAUAUUUCAAAAUACAAUAAUACAUAUAUUAUCGUAUUAUGUAUUAAUAUACUUCUUUUAUUUUCUAUUCUCGUCGUUGUCAAUAUGAAUUAAGUUAACCCAUAUUCACACUGCUAGGAAAUUCUGAAUCCUCCGAACGUUGCCCCAUUUAGUAUUGGAAACCAUUAAUUGGCUUUAUAUUGGUGGUCAACGCGUGUCACAAUCAAUUAACGUUUGACAAAGCUUAAUGACUGCUAAAAUCUAGCCUAGCUUAUACCGCGGCCUCGCUACCUUGGAAAUUUGCAAACAUCUUUUCUAAGCGUGUGCCUAAGUUAUUUAAGUAUUUGUAUGAAACAUUUCAGUAUAUCCCAAUUAAUGUGUCAGUUGAUUAGUGCGUAGAUGAGUAAUACUAAUAUCAAAUAAAAACAGCCGAUACAGUAUUUUUCCGCCUAAAAGGCAAUUCUGAGUGACGGCUUUAAUUUAUUUUUGGAUGUUUAUUUGUGUAAGGGGCUUUUAUUAAUAACUAAAACAUAUUUAUACUUUGUUCUGAUUUUUAAAUUAUUUUAAUUGUUUGAUUUAGGUUGCUCCCAUCCUUGGUAGAACUAUGACAACGUUCAAAAAGUGGGAAUCGUUCAAUAUUACAUGUCAAAAUAGAAAUGUCGCCAGCACAAACCUGUUUAUACAUAUUAUAGGUAUACUCUCAGUAUGUGAUAGCAUUAAUGCAUAUAGAGUAUCAUUCCGAGUUUCAAUUAAUUUCUACCAUCGAUAUAUUGAAUUGAAAUCUAAUAGUACUCGAAUUAAUGGUGCAUAUCCCAAUAAUCUAGAAAUGUAAUGAUACGUCUACGGUUUAGCCUUAGCCCAAAAUAGCAUAAGGUAGGUACAUAGUUGCUUCAUGAAUGUGGAAUCAGCUUAGCGACUAAAUUCAGAAAUAGAAGUAUAGAAGUUUGGAAAAAACAGAUGUCCCUUAAAAUUUUCAUGUUUAGAGCUAAAAUAGUCCCAUUUUUCCCCUCCGGGAAAGAGGCGUGAGUUUAUGUAUGUAUGUAUGUAUAGUCCCAUUUCAUAUUUGUUAUAUCGUAUGUGAAACUUACAUAUUGUGUCUAAAAUGUCAUUAAAUUUAUUCUAUUACUUUACGUAAGCAUAUGAAUAUUGACUUUUUAAAUUCUGCGACCAUGUGUAUGUACAGCUUUAAGUGUAAUGAUGCUUGUUCUAAAAUUGGCAUUGUUAGUGACGAAGUACGACUGAUUUAAUAUCAUGAAGUGAUUAAUAUAAGAAAUAUCAGUUAGUGUGUUUUGUCUCAAAUAUCAAAUAUGAUGCGUAUUGCAAUUUACAGCGUAUUGUUAUCCGUUCAGAUUAUUUGUCUAGUAAAUUAAAAAAAUAUAGAACCAAAUUUUAAAGUUUUUGAAUGUAAAUACAUAUAUUUUAUCUAGAGAGCUGUCUGCUAAAGUUCACAUAAUAAGAUAUCAAACGCUUUUCCGUUAAGAUUUUACUUUUCAAGGACAUUGUUUUCAUAAGAUUAAAUUUCGAACGAUCCCGUAUUUGCCUUUCCCAUGAGAAUUAUGAGGUGUUUGGAUGCACGUAGUGUGUCGGUCGUGCAAUCAUCAUCACUUAGUAAUGGAAUGUUAUCGGUUUUUAUCAGUCUUAGUUGUGGUUUAGCGAACGGCUUACAUUAUGUAAGCGAUUUUCAUUGAAUGUUUGGUGUCGUCUCGAUGUAUGUCACUAGUUCUAACAGUAAUGUUUAAAGCCUAAUUUAGAUUCAUUUGAAUGGAAUAUCUAAAUGUCAUUUAACUUUUAAUAUUUAAUUGAUGUCAUAUAAGUUAAGGCAAAAUUUUUUCUAUUCCUACUAAAUGUGCUUGUUUAUAUUCAUAGCAGAGAGGGUCGAGUU